AAUUGUAGCGCCAGCUUCCCCUGCGUUCCAAGGAUAUGGGUCGUACCAUUUGUCCUGUAUGAGAUGUAGCACUGUACGUGAGCGGGUGUGUUGCAUGGAGGCCAGAGCCAACGUACACCCAUCGCUGUGAAAACUUCCUUCCACCAGUUCCGGCUUGCCAAACAUCGUUACCGUGGCCAUUAAACGGGAGCUGCCCGUUGUAUGAAAAUAUGGCGCCAGACAUAGCAUCUCUCCUUACUCAAUGAAUGACAUGACAUUUUAACUUCGACACCAGGAAGCAGCAGGCAAAACAAUAUGGCUUUCUGUUUCCAACUGAGACUGCUGUUGUGGAAGAAUUCCCUUCUACAACGAAGGAAGAUCUGUGUGACCGUUUUUGAGAUCAUUGGACCUCUUUUGUUGGGAUUAAUCAUUUUUGGUCUAAGAUUCAUUUUGCCUGUUAGAAAUGUUUCCGCGAGUGUAUAUCACUAUGACAGUCUGGGCCGAGUUCUCAGUUGGUAUUCACGUAAUGAUGCAAAGGUGGUGUUGUAUACACCCAACAGUACACUCAUCAGUGGAUUAAUUUCUGGUGUGAAUGACAGAAUUAACAACCUGUCCUCAAACCCACGCUAUCGUUUUUCUCGUCCACCUUCCUUCAAAGGAUUUUCCUCUCGAAAGGACAUGUUGGAAUACUUCAGCUUCAACUCUAAACACAUUCCCUUUGCUGUUGAGUUUGAGAACGUGGCAAUGACAGACACGGUCCUACCCAUCAAGCUGCGAUGUGCAAUACGUCCCACAGUUCAACGUAAUUCACAAUGGCACACAACAGAGACCUCUCCCUUUGUCAAUACUGGCACACCACGAAACAGCUACGAUCCGUCCUAUGAGAAGUUUUUGAUACUUCAACGCCUUGUAUAUGAGGCCGUCAUCACAUAUAUUAGUCCAAACGCAACUGAUAUAGUCAAUGAACUGAAGAUUCAAAUGCUGCGAAUGCCAUACCCGCCCUACAUCAUUGACGCCAUAAACGUGCUGCUGCAGUACAUGUUUCCGGUGUUACUGAUGCUGAGUUUCAUGCUGAUGGCCAUCCAGACAACGAAGGGGGUUGUUUACGAGAAGGAAAGAAAACUGAAAGAGUCCAUGAAGCUGAUGGGUCUGAGUGCUGCAGCUCACUGGACGUCUUGGUUUCUGACCAGCUUUAUAUAUGUGUUGGUAAUCAUGGUCCUGUACACUAUGCUGUGUGGAAUUGAUGCAAGUGGAAAUGGAGCUGUCCUGGCCAAAUCAGAUCCCUCCCUGUUCUUUGUGUUCCUCCUCUGUUACGGCGUCUCCAUCAUCUCCUACUGCUUCAUGAUCAGCGUCUUCACUCAACGAGCAAACGUCGGAGCAGCAGUCAGCGGGAUCGUGUUCUUCAUAUCCUACUGCCCGUACUUCUACCUGCAGAUCUUGUACCACAGAAUGUCAAGAUCAGCCAAACUAGCUUCCUGUCUCUUGUUUAAUGUGGGAAUGGCAUUUGGUGCCAAUGUCAUAUCACUCUAUGAAGGAGCUGGUUCUGGCGUGCAGUGGUCUAAUUUUCACGAGCCUGCUACUAUUGAUGACAACUUCUCCCUGCUGGACUCCAUGUUGAUGUUGCUAGGCGACACGGCAAUCCAUCUCCUCAUCACUUGGUAUUUGGACAAUGUCUGGCCAGGGGAGUUUGGUGUGCCGAAACCAUUCUAUUUCCCCUUCACUAGGGAUUACUGGUGUGGCACCAAACAGACAAAAAUGGAUUAUGUACGCGUUCAACAGUGUGAUGAGAGGCACUUUGAGGUGGAGCCAAGUGGCAUGACAACCGGGAUAUCUAUCCAAAAUCUGAAAAAGGUUUUCGGCUCCGGGUCUAAGAAGAAGGUAGCUGUGGAUGGGAUGAGUCUCAACAUGUUCGAAGGUCAGAUCUCUGUUCUCCUGGGUCACAACGGUGCAGGAAAAACUACAACUAUGUCUGUUCUUACGGGUUUCAUCCCUGCAUCUGGAGGGACCGCCAUUGUGAACGGUUACGACAUCAACAACGACAUCCAGAGUGUCCGGCAGAGUCUUGGUCUCUGUCCUCAACACAACAUCCUGUUUGACAGCUUGACUGUCCAUGAACAUCUGGAGUUCUUUGCGAGACUGAAAGGUUGUCCAAGCAACAGUGUCGAAUCUGAAGUUACCACCACAAUUAAUGAAGUUGGCUUGAGUCUAAAGAGAUUAACCCAGUCUCAGCAUCUAUCAGGAGGACAGAAGAGGAAGCUUUCUGUAGGCAUUGCUUUGAUUGGAGGCUCGAAGAUCGUUAUCCUGGACGAACCAACUUCCGGCAUGGAUCCUGCGGCCAGGAGACAGACAUGGGACAUCCUUCAGAGGAACAGACAGGGCCGGACCAUGCUGCUGACCACUCACUUCAUGGACGAAGCUGACGUUCUGGGUGACCGCAUCGCCAUCAUGACAGAAGGGGUGGUCAAGUGCUGUGGAACAUCGUACUUCCUGAAGAAACUCUAUGGAGCUGGCUACCACCUUGUGGUGGUGAAGGAACCCACCUGUCAGGUGGCAUCAGUGACGGCAGUUGUCCAGCAAUACGUCCCUACAGCAGUCAUGGAGAGUGAGAUCAAUGCUGAACUCUCCUACCUGCUGCCUGAUGACCAGUCAGCCAACUUUGCUGCUCUCUUCACGGAGAUUGAAACUCAGAGGGAGAAGCUUGGCAUAUCAAGUUUUGGCGCAAGUGCAACCACCAUGGAGGAGGUAUUCCUCAAGGCGGGUAAAGAUGUGAACGAUGACGCGCAUGAUUGCAACCAAACUGGAUCUUUGGACAAUUUGGCACCUGCUGGAACAAGUGUAUGGAGAAACAGCAGCUACGAACUGCAGGACAGAGAAACCCCUAAUAUAUUAGCAUUCAAUCAGGGUUUCACCAAAAAUACAGGUCUAGGUUUGGAACUGUCUCGCUUUACUGGACUAUUUGUAAAGAAGGCUCUUCACACUUGGAGAAACAAAACAAUCACCAUUGUGCAGCUUCUGUUACCAGUGGCUUUUACCAUUGCUUCUCUGGCUAUCAGCCUGGUAGAACCAGGGAAGGUGGCUCUUGAGGGCCCACUGACUUUUGACUUGGCACCCUUCAAAGGAACAUUUGUAACUAACAUAGAUGGAGGUGGCCCCGGACAGCUACCAGAAGCAUUUGCCUUUUCAUACAGUGCACAGUUUACAGGAACUGUUAACAAAGUUGAGAGAGUGGAUUUGUUGCGGUAUCAUAAUGUAUCCAACUUUUUCUUGUCAAGAGCAAAAGAUCUUGGUGUUGGUGGAUACAACAGGAAAAUGAUCAUUGGAGCACAGUUCAAGUCUAGCAAAGAAGCAGUUGGCAUUUAUAAUGGACAACCAUACCACAGUGAGCCCAUAUCUUUGUCUUUCAUGAUGAAUGCAAUCCUCAAACAUUUUACAUCUCAGGACCAUUCCAUUACCACAAUCAACAACCCGCUUCCAUAUCAGGGGAAAACGUCAAAGGGACACUCGGUAUUCUCCAUACUAUUCCUUGGCUUUUCUGUGGCGUUUUGUCUCCUGUUUGGCAUGGCUUUCCUUACUUCAUCCUUUGUGUUCUUCCUCAUCAAGGAGAGGCAGGUGGGCGCCAAACAUCUUCAGACUGUCAGUGGAGUUGGACCAUUUGUCUUCUGGUUGUCCACCCUGGCCUGGGACUACAUCAACUACCUGAUUCCAUCCCUGUUGCUGCUGGUUGUGUUUGCAGGAUUCCAGUCGCCAGCUUAUACAGAAGAUGGGAGAUCAGGCAUCGUGUUCCUCAUCCUGCUUGUGUAUGGUUUGGCAGUUCUGCCCUUCAUGUAUGCUCUCCAGUAUAUGUUCAAGUCCCCUCCUACCGGGAUGGUUGUCAUCAUCAUCUUGAAUAUUAUCACAGGAAUGAUAAGUAUCUUGACUGUGUUCAUGCUGACCGCAACUGGAGAGGAAAGAGAGGCUGAGAUCACAGACUGGGUGUUUUUGCUUGUUUUCCCCCACUACAACUUCGGCAAGUCAUUCAUGAACAUGCACAGCAAUUAUUUGUACCUUGACAAGUGUCGUCAGCUAAACUACACUUCACAUUGUGCAAGAUCUUCAAGCAACCCAUGCUGUAAAGAUACAUGUGGACGUUACUGUUUCCCAUUUAAAGAAAAUUUCCUGGAUUGGGACUUUCCUGGAGUGGGUCGCCAUUUGUUCUUUAUGCUGUUCCAAGCCGUGUUGUACAUGUCUGUGACACUGUUCAUUGAGUACCAGGUGCCACAGCGAAUUUGGUAUGCCUUCAGACCACAGGAAGCAGAAGUACCACAACCUGUUGUCGUCGAUGGAGAUGUGUUAGCUGAAAGACAACGUAUACAGGCAUUCGCCAAAGAUCUGGAUAACACAGACGCACUUGUCCUCAAGGAGCUAUAUAAGCGUUACGGAGAUUUCGUUGCUGUUGAUCAUCUGAGUGUGGGCAUACCUGAGAAGGAGUGUUUUGGUCUCCUUGGUCAAAACGGUGCAGGAAAGACAACAACUUUUAAAAUGAUAACUGGCGAUGUGAUGCUGACACGUGGAAAUGUUUUCUUGCAGUCUUAUGACAUCAAGAAUCACACGCAAAAGGUGCAGGAGAACAUGGGCUACUGUCCCCAGUUCGAUGCUCUGAUUGACCAGAUGACAGGACGGGAGACUCUCACCAUGUACGCCAGACUCAAGGGAGUGCCGGAGAGCUGCAUCAAAGGAGUCUGUGACAACCUGCUGGAUAUCAUGAUGCUCAGGCAGUAUUCAGACAAGCCAACAUCGGACUACAGUGGAGGUAACAAGCGUAAGCUGAGCACUGCCAUCGCUCUGGUUGGAGACCCGGCCUUCAUCAUGCUGGAUGAGCCGUCCACAGGGAUGGACCCCAAGGCCAGGAGGCAGCUCUGGAACGUCCUGUCAAAGGUCCGGGAGUGCGGCAGGACCCUCGUGCUCACGUCUCACAGCAUGGAAGAAUGUGACGCUCUUUGUACAAGAAUUGCCAUCAUGGUAAAUGGGAGAUUUGUGUGUCUUGGAACACCACAACAUUUGAAGACCAAAUUCGGCCAGGGCUACACACUGAUAGCUCGGAUGAAAACAGUUGAAACUCAACCAGGAGCAUCAGAUGAAAGAGCUCCUGCCCCAACAGAACCGCUGGUGAACUUCAUCACAACAUCCUAUCCCAACACCCACGUGUUCGACGACCAUCAGGGCUAUGUUCACUUCCAAGUUCCUUACAGCGCCGUCAGUCUCGCCCAGGUCUUCACACUGAUGGAACAAUCCAAGGUGCAGUUCUCUGUCGAGGACUAUUCAGUUCACCAAACAACCCUUGAACAAGUGUUCCUCUCAUUUACACGAUGGCAGAUUCCACCAAAGGAGGAUAAAACAAGCCUUUGCAAGAGAAUAUGUUGCUGCUAGCUGCAAUUACUGUUGUUGUGCACCGUGCAUCGAUGACAAGAUUCAUAAUCAAGAUAAUAUGUCAAAUGUUUAUUUAACAAUUGACUUCAAUAUUUCUUUGCGUUUAUGAACGUAAAACCCGUUAUGCAUACUGAGCCAUGCUGAUGCCACAAUUGGCUGUGCAGAGUAGCGUCGCUUAGGUAUGCCAAAGGCGACGAACCACGAGGCCAACAUGCGUUCAGCUUGGGUCAACACCAACAGAGUGCAGGUCGACCUGGUGAAACUCCAGGCAGGUUCCUAGUUACCAUCGGAUUAUGGCAAAAAGGGGUUACUGUCGGGGACAAUUUCAAGAUUUUUUUUACCUUUUUCAAAAUUGCCUGUAAAGUAAUCUUAAAAGUAAAAUAAAAAAUAUAAAAUCUCAA